AUGUGCAGUUUACAAGGCGUGAUUCAGCCAGGUGAGACCAGAACGGGAUCACGAGCAGGGAUCAGUGCGGCUUCGUCUCAGGCUGAACAGUUUGAGAUGGUUGAUAUGGAACCAUCGUCAUAUGCCACUGCUCGAGAAGGUCUUCGAGGGGUAGUCGCCAAAAAGGGUCUUUCUGAACCUGCUUUAAGGCCAAAGUUGUCAACACAAGAACGCAUAGAUGUUGAUGAUCUCUUUUUUGCCUUUUCUACUGAUGAUGAUCGGAGUAAACAAGCGCUAUCGGACGAUGCCAAAGGCGGACGACCUUUAGCCACUGUAAUGUCACUACCUAGUGUUCCUGUGCCGACAGCUGACCCAGAGUUGCUGCGAGGUUUCCAUGGUGGGAUAUCACGUUUGGAUCUCGGUGAUGGUCGUUUGCAUAUUCCUAUUGGUCGGGUUCCACUUGGGCCGGUACCCGAAGAGGAUCGCCUUGAGUCACGAGUCUUGCCUCGUUAUCCACUGCUCAAGCAGACUUCUGUUAUGGAGACGACGAAACGCGGAGUUGUUGAUGGAGUAUUGCGGAUUGAUGCUCUGGACCCGUUGGUACGAGACGUUAUUGAAGCGGGAUCUGAUGAAAGGCCCUUGUUCACUUGGUGGGUGACAUCCGUGCAAGUGAUAAUUUGCAUUGUAUCGUUAAUAUUUUACGGCCUCGGACCAGCAGGGUGGGAAAGAGUGGAAAUGAAAGACGAGGUCAUUGAUGUGACGCUAGUUAUGCGCCAAGUCAGCUAUUUCGAACCUGUAAAUCUCUGGAUUGGACCAAGAUUUGCUGAUCUGAUUCGACUUGGUGCGAAAUAUUCUCCCUGUAUGCGACAAGAGCCUGGUCUGUGGAAGUUGAUCAGUGAUGAAAGAAAGAAAGAAAACGCCACAGGAUGUUGCGUGUUUAACGAUCGCACGGGAUGCUACCAGACGGGGCAGUUGAGUUGCCCGGCCACGCUGUCUCGUCGUCGUGGUUCCAUAACGUCAGCAAUAUCAACCCAUUCAUGGCGAACAGCAGGAGCUGUCUGUGGUCAGGAUCCAGAUUUUUGCAUUCGCCCGUAUUCCGUUAGACCAUAUGAAUGGCCCGAUGACUUGACGCGAUGGCCGAUAUGCGAGGAACAUCGCCAAGGUGGUUUUCUACCGGCACAUAUGACAUGUCAGGUGAAUGACUUGUGA